AUGAGGAGAACGGAAGAUCUACCCGAGUUCCGGAACAUUGAAAUCUGUUCGCCAAUAGUGAAACGUGUUCUGCUGGUAGUCGAGCAACGCAAUAUUGUAGUGAAGUCGGCCAAGUCGGUUUUACUCGCCAACGCUUUGCGUGAUACGGCUGUACGACGUUCGUUGUAUUUAGUGAUGCCGGCGCUAUUUCCGCAGAGGCUUGAUGUUACCGAAUUCUUGACUCUGAUAUUGGGUGGCGAUAGGACCGCGCCAACAAUUAGCGAAUCAAAUUCUCCCGAGGGAACGACGGGAACGGAGGACGUACCUCAAUUCCGGCAAUCGUGUGUCGAAACCGUGCCAGCCGAUCUACAAUGGCCGUCAACGGUCACGCACAUUUUUACGCCGAAAGUCGAACGGUGUACUGUCACCGAUUCGUGGAAGUUUGCAGGAAUACGCGCAGGAACAGCUGCUAGAGUCGUCCUGUGUGGAAUCGGAGACGUUCGAUGA